AUGCUCCGCGCCUCCGUCUUCCCCAACGACUUCACCUUCCCCUGCGCCUUCAAGGCGGCCGCCGCCCUCACCUUGCCGCCGGCCGGCCGGCAGCUCCACGCCUUGGCCCUCAAGUCCGGCCUCAUCUCCGACGUCUUCGUCGCCUGCAGCGCUCUCGACAUGUACUGUAAGACGGGCCUCAAAACCGACGCCAGCAACUUGUUCGAUGAAAUGCCCCAGAAGAACAUCGUCGCCUGGAACGCGGUCAUGUCCAACGCCGUCCUCGAAGCUCGCCCCGCUGAUGCCGCCGAAGCUUUCCUCGCCCUCCGCCACCGCCCCGAGUGCUACCCUAAUUCCAUCACCCUCUGCGCCUUCCUCAACGCCUGUGCCGGCGCCGGCGGCAGCGGCGGCGACGGCUACCUUCCCGCCGGCGAGCAGCUCCACGGGUUCAUCGUCCGCUCAGGCUUCGAGGGGGACGUCUCCGUGGGCAAUGCGCUGAUCGACUUCUACGGCAAGCUCCGCCGGCCGGCCGGCGCCCGGCGAGUCUUCGACGGGAUUUCCCCGAGAAACGACGUCUCCUGGUGCUCCAUGAUCGCCGCCUACGCGCAAAACGCGGCGGAGACGGAGGCCUUCGCCGUCUUCCUCGCGGCGCGAAGGGAGGGCAUGCGGGCCUCCGACUUCAUGCUCUCCAGCGUCCUCACCACCUGCGCGGGCCUCGCCGGGGUCGACCUCGGCAGGGCGCUGCACGCCGCCGCCGUCCGGUCCCGCUCCGACAGCAGCGUCUUCGUCGGCACCGCCCUCGUCGACAUGUAUGGCAAAUGCGGCAGCGUUGCAGACGCUGAGCGCACCUUCCAAUGGCUGCCCAGUAAGAACCUCGUCUCCUGGAACGCCAUGAUCGGCAGCUACGCCCAGCAGGGCCUCGCCCGGCCCGCCCUUGAAGCUCUCCACGCCAUGGCCCUCCCCGGCGGCACCGCCCCCAACCAUGUGACGCUGGUGUGCGCCAUGGCGGCGUGCAGCCGCGGGGGGCUCGUCGAGGAGGGGCUCGAGCUCUUCGAGACCAUGGGGGAGAGAUACGCCAUAGUCCCCACCUUGGAGCACUACGCCUGCGCGGUGGACCUGCUGGGGCGCGCGGGGAGGGAGGAGGCGGCCUACGAGCUCAUCAGGAAGAUGCCGAUGGCGCCGUCGGCGUCGGUGUGGGGGGCACUGCUGGGGGCCUGCAGGAUGCACGGGAAGGUGGAGCUGGGGAAGACGGCGGCGGAGCGCCUGCUGGAGCUCGACCCAGGAGACUCCGGCAAUCUGGUUCUGCUCUCCAACAUGCUCGCCGCCGCGGGGCGGUGGGAGGAGGCGACGGAGGUGAGGAAGGAAAUGAAGGUGGCGGGGGUGAAGAAGGGGCCAGGUUGCAGCUGGGUUUCAUGGCGGCACGAGGUGCACGUCUUCCACGCCAAGGAUGGGAAGCACGAGAGGGACGGGGAGAUCAGGACGGAGCUGGGGAGGCUGGAGAGGGAGAUGAGGGCGGCGGGGUACUCGCCGGAGACUAGAUGGGCGCUGUACGAUGUGGAGGAGGAGGAGAAGGAAGGGGAGGUGAGGGAGCACAGCGAGAAACUGGCGGUAGCGUUUGGGCUGCUGUGGGUGCCGGCGCCGGCGCCGAUCAGGGUGACGAAGAAUCUGCGCGUCUGCGGGGACUGCCACGCUGCCAUCAAGCUCAUCUCCGCCAUCGUCAAGAGGGAGAUCAUCCUCAGGGACAACGUCAGGUUCCACCACUUCUCCGAAGGCCGCUGCUCUUGCGGCGACUACUGGUAA